AUUGUGCCUCCACCCCCAGCAAAUUCGAAACAGCCAGGCGUUACGAGAUCUCUACUAUAUAAUGGAUCUAAAUUUCAAGGGCAUCAGAAGUCAAAAGGCAAUAGCUAUGAAGUGGAAGUAGUUUUGCAGCAUGUUGAUGAAGAAAAUUCAUAUCUGUGUGGUUAUUUGAAGAUUAAGGGCUUGACUGAAGAAUUCCCAACUCUAACAACAUUUUUUGAUGGAGAAAUUAUCAGCAAAAAGUAUCCAUUUUUAACAAGUAAAUGGGAUGCAGAUGAAGAUGUUGACAAAAAGCACUGGAGUAAAUUUGGAUCAUUUUAUCAGUAUGCAAAAACAUUCAACUCGGAUACUUUUGAUUAUGAAGCCUUGAAAUCAACUGACUUUGUUUUUAUGAGGUGGAAAGAACACUUUCUUGUGCCUGACCAUACUAUCAAGGAUAUAAAUGGUGCCUCAUUUGCUGGCUUUUAUUACAUCUGUUUCCAAAAAUCUGCUGCUACAAUUGAUGGCUAUUAUUAUCACAGGAGCUCAGAAUGGUAUCAUUCCUUAACAUUAACACAUGUUCCAGAGCAUAGCAUACAAAUUUAUGAAUUCAGGUGAAAUUGAACAGUUUUUAUCAGGAAGUUACUAUGAGACUUUCCAAAGCAGAACUGAAAUGGUGCAUAAAUAAAAAUUCUGGUCAGCAUAAAAUUCUGUAUAAAAAAGUAUUGGACUGAGUGUGUAAAUAAGAUGCAUAUGAGCAAACGCUGUAGCUUCAGUUUAAAAUCUUAACAUUCUGCUAGAUUGUUGGCUCUGUUUUGUGCAGUUAUUAGUAUAAAUUUUAAUUUUAAAUUUUUUUUGAAAAUUGUAGUGAAAGUAAUCUUCCUGAUGGCUGUAGUGGGUGUUUUUAGUAAAGUGAUGCACUGUCCUCUUCAUGAAAUCAUGUUUAUGGCUGUACUGUACUAGUAUUUUUUAAAGUUUUAAUAUCAGUUUUUGAAUUUUUUAUUUUCAUGUCAGUUAAAAAAAGUAUUGCAAGAACAGUACCAUUAGUCACUUCAAUUUUAAUAUAACUUUUGAAUUGUGUGAAUGAUGUAUCACAUUUUAGCGUGUCUAAAUGUAACAGAUGUUGUUUGUUUUCAUUUAUAUUAUAAUGAAAAGUAUGUGACUAUGUAUUUAGGAAAAAGAAUGAGUAAGUUAAUAAACUUUUGGCUGUUUAGUUUA